AAUUAAAAUUACCGGACAGUGGAUGGGCCUAGCCAUGAGAUGAUGGGCCAAUAAACGCUGGACGAAACUUAAUGGCUGAUUCACCAGAAAAUUAGGCUUAUUGCCAUUGCUGAGUUGGGGGGUGCGUUGUGGACCGACUGAGUCGAGAACGAGUCGGAGAAAAACAGCUAUUUGCCAAUUAACGGGGAAAACAGUAAACACUAAAAACCAACAAUGGCAUCAUCCAUUUGCCUAUCCUUAUCGCCGCCGUCUAAAACUCUAGCUCCGCCUUCCACUUCCACCAGCCGUGGUUGCAAAUGCUGCUCCGUCGUCUCCGUUUCAAAAUGCCAUAAACCGACGAGGAGAAAGAGGCAGCAGGUGAUUUGUACGGCUCCUGAGGAAGAGAAAUUGACUCGUCGUAAUCCCCUCGAUUUCCCCAUUGAAUGGGAGAGGCCUAAACCAGGGCGUAGAACUGACAUUUUCCCUCAAUUCAGUCCCAUGAAAACACCAUUACUGGCGCCAAUGCCAUAUGAUCCUCCCGAAGAAAAUGAAGAAGAAGAGGAAGAAAAGAAAGAGGAAGAAGAGGAAGAUCUAGAAAAGGAACAGGAACCCGAAAACCCCGAAAAGCAGUCAUGAGAAACGAUGGUUAGUACUUGGUUAGAUAGCUUGCUUCAAUUUUCUCUUUGUUGCAUUGCCGUUGAGUGAAAUGUGGUCACCAUUUUGCAUUGUUUUUCGAGCUUUCUCAUCAUACUUCCUUUUAAAGUUUGAACUUACGAAUUACAAUGUAUCUUACUUUAUGUUAUUGAUUGAAUGAAAUGUUUAUGAUCAUCCAUUUUGUAGUAAAA